UACAAAGGUGCUGAUGAAUUGAGGUUGUCAAAUGGAACUGGCCCCUGCUCUGGGAGAGUGGAAGUAAAACAUGAGGAGCAGUGGGGAACCGUGUGCGAUGGUGACUGGACCAUGAAAGAUGCUGACGUUGUUUGUAAGCAACUACAAUGUGGAUCAGCUGUUCAGGCCCUUAGUCGAGCUACUUUUGGAGAAGGAUCUGGACCAACGUGGUUGUAUCGAGUUGAUUGCCGUGGUGAUGAAUCCGCUCUCUGGAACUGCUCACAUACAGGAUGGGGUGCUUUUACCUGCCCUCAUUACUUUGAUACUGGAGUGGUCUGCUCAGGUUUCUCUGGGCUGCGUCUGACUGGAGGGGACACUGCCUGCUCAGGACACCUGAAAGUAAAGCAAGAAGAAACUUGGGCUAUGGUCUGUUUUUCACACAUUGAUUUCAAAACUGCCUCUGUUAUAUGUAAUGAGUUAGAGUGCGGCCAGGCUGUGCGCAUCUUGGGAGAAACUCACUCUGGAGACAGACAUGAACUGAUCUGGCAAGAAAAAUUUCAGUGCUUAGGGAAUGAGACUCACCUUGCACACUGUCGCAGGAUGCUGCAGCAUAGUGAGACAUGCUCUCACGAUGCCACUGUUGUAUGUUCAGGUGAGACUUUGAUGGACGUAAUUUACAUGUGUCCUAUAUGCCUUCUUCCUGUCAACCCACAGUUCAGAACCUCUGUGUAUUUCUGUGGUCCUCAGGGCUAUGGCGGGUACAGGCUGGCAAACGGCAGUACCACAUGUUCAGGGAGAGUAGAGCUUCUUCAUGGAGGCACGUGGGGAACCCUGUGUGACUACUUGUGGGAUUUACCAGCUGCCAAUGCCCUCUGCCAGCAGCUGGACUGUGGAGUUGCCCUGCUGAUACCAGAUGGACAGUCCUUCGGGAAGGGAAAUGGAUCUGUCUGGAACGGCACAUUCAGCUGCAAGAAGAAUGGUUCGAGCCUGAGACACUGUUCUGUGAGCGUGCUAGGUCAUGAUGAAUGCCCCGCUGGAAAAGACGCUCGUGUGGUAUGUUCAGGGUGCCCAGGGGGCAGGUUGGUGAAUGGCACCACAUGCUCUGGUAGAGUGGAAAUCCGCCACGGAGACACGUGGGGAAGACUCUGCCGCUCCCACUGGAAUUUGCAAGCUGCCAGCGUUCUGUGUCAUCAGCUGAACUGUGGCUAUGCACAGUCAAUCCAGACAGGAGACCGUUUUGUGGAUGGGAAUGGACCUGUAUGGAGAGAUGCUUUUCACUGUGAAGGGACGGAGUCCUGCCUGUGGGAUUGUGAUCAAGUGACUUUGGGCAAUCCAACGUGUUCAGCCAGAGAAGCAGCCACUGUUAUUUGCUCGGGUCUUGCUGAAUCACUCAGACUGUCAGGUGGUGAGAGCCGCUGUGAUGGGCGAGUUGAGAUCUCACUCCACGGCAUGUGGAGCAGAGUCCUGGAUGAUGACUGGGACAUUAAGGACGCUCAUGUGGUAUGCAGACAGCUCCAGUGCGGAAUUGCCAAGAAAGCCUACUACCUUCUAAGGUCUGAGCGAGGCGUGGGUCUUGUUGGCUUAAGAAGUGUCCAGUGUGCUGGAAAUGAGACUCAGCUGAUGCUCUGUAAGACCUCCCAUACUCAGACAGUGCCAACGGGAGUUGCUGAAGAUGUUGGUGUGAUUUGCUCGGGUAGCAGACAGAUCAGGCUGGUGAAUGGAACAGAGCGCUGUGCUGGGAGAGUAGAACUUUAUCACGAUGGCAUCUGGGGCACCGUCUGUGAUGAUAACUGGGAUCUAUCAGAUGCUAAUGUUGUUUGCAAACAGCUGGGAUGUGGACAUGCCAUCAUGGCAUUUGUCGCUGCUCAUUAUGGUGAAGGCUCGGGACAGAUCUGGCUGGAUGAUGUGAAUUGCACUGGGGCUGAAUCUGAUCUCUGGACAUGUCCCUCUAGGGCAUGGGGCCAGCACAACUGCCAACACAAAGAGGACGCUGGAGUUCUGUGCUCAGAGUUCCUGGCUCUGAGGCUGGUGAAUGGCAAUGAGUGUGCUGGGCGGCUAGAAGUUUUCUACAAUGGGACGUGGGGGAGCAUCUGCUCCAAUCGUAUGUCUCAAGUCACCGCAACAACCGUAUGCAAACACCUGAACUGCGGAGAUGGCGGGGAAAUCGCAAGAGACUUCACAUAUGGCAGAGGUUCUGGGCCCACAUGGCUGGACCACGUUGACUGUACUGAGCAACAUAGCUCUCUCUGGCAAUGUCAGUCAGACCCCUGGGAUCCUCAGUCAUGCGAUAACCGAGCAGAAGAGACGCACAUUUCCUGCACUGACAGGGAGAAGUUACGAGUCAUAGGAGGAGAGGAUGGAUGUUCAGGCAGAGUGGAGAUUUGGCAGCAAGGUUCUUGGGGAACAAUCUGUGAUGAUUCCUGGGACAUGGCAGAUGCUAAUGUUGUAUGCAGGCAGCUGGGUUGUGGAUCUGCUGCGUCUGCGCUGAGUGAAGCUGCCUUUGGGGAAGGGACUGGUCCCAUCUGGUUGGAGAAGGUGCAUUGUAAAGGAACAGAGCUGUCUCUUUGGGACUGUCCUGCCAAGCCCUUGUUUGGCAAAAACUGUGAUCAUAAGGAAGAUGCUGCUGUGGAUUGCUCCGGUAUGACAGAAACAACAGCGUCACCCACUAGAGCAGAUCCUCCCCGCCGCCCUGCAACAGCCAGUACAAGAAUGUCAAUGCCUGUCAUCCUCUGCAUUAUCCUGGGGGCCCUUCUCUGCCUGGUCCUUGCCAUUCUUGCUGGACAGAUCCGAAGUGCGAGGGCACAGCAGAGAGGCUCCAGACUAUCCUAUGACCCCUUCUCUGAGGUUGUCUAUGAAGAGAUUGACUAUAACCUGAUGAGGGAAAAGCAGGGCAUGACUGGCUUCUCAGAUUCUUAUUCAGAAAAUUCAAAAACAAAGGCACAGUUUUAUAGCGGGGACAGUGAUGAAGAAAAUGCUCCAGGAGCAACUCAAGGGGUCCGUACUGGGACCAGCACUGUUCAAUAUCCUUAUAACGACACAGACACAGGGAUCGAGUGCACCCUCAGCAAGUCUGCAGAUGACACCAAGCUGAGCGGUGCAGUUGAUACGCUUGAGAGAAGGGGUGACAUCCAGAGGGACCUUGAGAGGUUUGAGAAAUGGGCCUCAUGA